AUGAUCCUCGACGAAAAUCCAACUAAAGAUUGGUGGAUGGAGGAAGCUGCUCUUAUAUAUCUACAACACAAAAGAAGGACUACCCAAUGCCACGGCUGCAAAUAUUUUGUUGAUGAACUAAUGACAGGGAUGGUUUUUGAACAAGAUAGUUCAAGAAAUACAUAUUGCCAAGAUUGUAUUGAAAAGGAAAGACUGAACUUACCAGUAUGCACUCAAUGUGGACAUCACGCUCCUGCCGCUGAACUGUAUGGAAUCAGUAGUUACGAUGGAAGCUAUCCGAUAGGAUACAAUGAAGACCAACAAAAAAGGAUUAAAAAUCAAGCAAAGCAUUUUCUUACUUAG